CUGUGAUAGACCAUGUUCUUGUUCAUGGAAUGACAAUGAGGGAAGCAGGACAAAGAGUACAACCCAAUUUGUCUAGAUUCUCUGUGGCCACCAUAAUCAGGACAUUCAGAGAAGAGAACAGAAUUGCAAGACUACCAAAUGAGGGUGGAAGGACUUCUUUGUUCUCACAACAGCAAGAGGCUCUCAUUGUUGAUAUGGUGCGUCAAAACAAUGUCAUCAGACUGCGUGAAAUACAGCAAAGACUUGUAGAAGACAAUGAAAACUUUGAAGGUAUCAACAGUGUCAGCCUUUCUACCAUCUCCCGUGUCCUCUAUCGCAACAGGAGGGUGUUUGAAAUGGAUUCCAUGGAAAGGCCCCAUGAAUAUAUUUUUGUAGAUGAAGCAGGGUUCAAUCUGGCGAAGAGAAGAAGGAGAGGCUGGAACGUAAUUGGCCAACGUGCCAUUGUGGAAGUCCCUGGCCAGCGUGGUGGCAAUGUCACCCUAUGUGCAGCCAUAAGCAAUGGGGGGGUUCUCCACCAUCAUGCAACCCUGGGGCCAUAUAACACUGAUCAUCUUCUUACAUUUCUGGCUGGUCUUCGGGAUGUUUUGUUUGAACGUGAGCAGCAGGAUCAUCAGCAGGCAGUGAAUCCUGUCUAUGUCGUGGUUUGGGACAAUGUCAGCUUUCACCGUAGUGUCCGAAUACGUGAGUGGUUCAACAUCAACCAACGAUUCGUGAAUGUUUGCCUUCCACCAUACAGCCCUUUCCUUAACCCAAUAGAAAGGUUUUUCUCUGCGUGGCGAUGGAAGGUCUAUGACCGUAACCCAUAUACAAGGGUAAGUCUUUUACAGGCAAUGGAAUUGGCCUGUGAUGACAUAGGUGUGGAGUGUUGUCAAGGCUGAAUCCGGCACACAAGAGGGUUCUUCCCCUGUUGCCUAGGAAGGGACAACAUUGCAUGUGAUGUGGACGAAGUCCUCUGGCCGGCCCCAGCAUGAAGACGAGAUGCUGAGGCAGAAUGAAUCUGUAAUUGAAUUUGAUUUUGCAAUUGCACAAUAUUUUGUGUAAUAUGCUUUUUUCAUUUAGAGUUGUCUUUAUUUUUAUGCUGAA